AUGCGUUUUUUCUGUUUACCAGGAGGCCUUUGCAAUGCCAAAACACUGGAAGUUCAACUAGAGCCCAUUUUGUCAGAACUCAACAAGGACGAAGCAACAACCACUUUUGUGUAUACACAAGGUCAAAAUCCGGUCACGGUGCCUCCCGAAUUUGAAGGAUUCUUUGGCCCACCUCCCAAUUUCACGUUCAUUGAUGGUGACCCCAAAGUUGCAUCUUAUCCAAUUCGAACACUUGGUCGAGAAGGGAGCCCUGAAGAUGCGAUAAGGAAGUUCUAUCACGCUGCCGGCCUGUGGAAGUACAAAAAGCCAAGCUCUGUGCUUGACCCUUUACUUGACUAUAUUGAUCAAGAUCCUGAGAUUGAAGGAAUUAUCGGGUUCUCAGAAGGAGCAGGCAUUGCGGCUUCUCUCAUUGUAGAGGAGACCAAGCGACAGAAAGAAACCGGAAGAAUUCCUCGUCUCAAAUGCGCCGUUUUCAUGUCGGGGAUGCCUCCAAUUGAUUCGGUCACUGGCCGCUACCUUUUACAGGACGAAGAUGGCGAAUUGAUUUCCAUCCCGACCUUCCACAUCAUGGGGUCCCAGGAUGCUAUGAUCAGCGGAGUCAUCGCGCUAUACAAUGUUUGUGAUCCAGACACCGCAGACCUGUUCGAUCAUGGUGGUGGCCACAUAAUCCCUCGUGACGCGCAAACCGUGACCGAAAUCGUGAAAGUUAUCCGUACUAUGGUUUUGGAUUUGUGA